UUCGGCUGAGAUUAUUACUUUUCUCUUCAUGAGCACCCAUUGAAGCGGUGGUCGAAGGGGGGAAAUAUUUCAAAUCCCAGGACGAUCUUCAAUCAACUUACUUCUCCCCCUAUCCCUCUCAACCGCUUGCUCACUCGCAAUCAUCUGCUCGGAAGGCGAUGCCUCUAUUUCAUCGGGCCUUUGCGGCUACCUCGCGGCAGGCAAUAGUGAACCGUUCAUGGCAUAAGGGCACCAUAUUAUGCUCUUUCACCACCUCAGCAUGGAAGCUUGCUAUAGCCAACCCUAUCACGGCACAUAGUCCUCCUCCCAAGGCCCCUUUACCCGUACCUGAUCAGGGGGCACGUACAGAGUUACGACAGGAAGAUGGGAAGUCGUAUCAGAAAGUCGGUACGAGUCCGCGUUUUGGACAGACGUCUACAAUAAUGAAGAAGAGAUUUUGGAAGAAUGUUGAUGUAAGAAAAGAAAAGGGUGAUUAUCAAGUUUUGCUCGACACCCGCCCUAUACGGACACCUUCAAAAGACGCCUUAUCCAUACCAUCGACGAAGAUAUAUCUUGCUCAUGCCAUAGCUCUGGAGUGGGAUGUCAUGACUAACGCCCAACAAGCGCUGAAGAACCACCUGAUUCCUCUAACUUCUCUCGCCGCUCGCGCGGCGGAUAUUGCCCGGGAAGAUGCCCAAGGGGAGACCACCACAAGAGCUCAAAUAGUGAAAACUGCGAUGCGUUACCUGGACACGGAUACUCUGCUAUGCUGGGUACCGGAGCAGAAUGCUUGCAGUGCUGGGGAAGUCGACAAGGAUAUCAACAGACCAGAAAGCCUCCGAGAGGCGCAAAUGAGGACUGCCAAGGACACCAUCGCCUUCCUGGGCACCAAACUGUGGCCUGGCGUUGACAUACAGCCCAUUAUGGAAACCGAUAGCAUAUUGCCCUCCUCCCAGCCCCAGAUCACGAAAGACAUUAUUGAGCAGUGGAUUUCCAGUCUACAGGCCCAUGAUCUGGCUGGUCUGGAGAGGGGAUUCCUUGCUGCGAAAAGCCUGCUAAUUGCCGCUCGACUGGUUGUUGAAUGGAGCGAGAACUUCCGUCACAUGCAACGACCAGGGCGGGAGAGAUUCGGCAUUGAAGAGGCCGCCGAGGCGUCCAGCUUGGAAGUCAAGUGGCAAACUGAUAUGUGGGGCGAGGUAGAGGAUACUCAUGAUGUGGAUAAAGAGGAUCUAAAGCGACAGUUGGGCAGCGUCGUUGUCGUAGUGAGCGGAGAGUCAAGGUGACAGUUCCACUGCAUCGUCACAUUCAUGUGUCUCCUGAGUUGUAUCAUAUCGCUCUAUUUUCCUUUCCCCACAAAACUCCAAAUAUGCAUCUACCGCAGUAAUAUAUACGCGCUGUGCUGUUCUAUCGUCUUUGCCAAUGUUCCAAAAGAAGGAUGGAUAAUGUCACUCGUGGCUGGUAAACCCAGACAGAUAGAUACAGUUUACUCCGUACGGAGUACCAUCACACCAGUCAAUAUACCUGCACAAUAGGCUGUCUUCCUGAGCAACAUUUUCUUCGCCUUGGACUUGCUUUAGAAAGUUUGCUCCGUCUCAACUCCGCACUAUCUUCCUUUACCCGAUA